CGGCUGCUGUUUCUCCUCUUGCUCCUCACGAUAUCUAUACGUGAAGACGGAGGAGGCGAUCUGUUCAUACAUAGUUUUGUCGAAGUUUUCUCGAAGCACGAAAUUUUUACGAACGACGGACCCACUGCGACAAUGGCCGAGGUAACAGAUUUCGGACCGAGAAAAACGUUUUUUAUACUCGCGGUCGUGAUCGGCUGCUUCACGGUGCUGUGGCCGAGAAUUCUGCAUCCUAUGUUCAUAGGAUUUGUCACUCCUCAUCACUCCACGACGGACGUGUGCUGCGAAGUGAUAUUUGAAAGCGAUGUCACUGCAGUGGACAUCAUGCAAGAAAUGUGUCAAAACAUAUUAAGGCAUCAUCCGAUUGAUCCACGCGUGAGAGAUGCCUUAAAACUUAGCAAGCUGACCCCUCAAACCGCGAGUUUGUGUAGAGAAGAGGUUCUAGCCAGAUGUGGUAUAGACUUGUCGUCUUUUCUCGCCGAAAGAGAAAGCUUGGGAAAAACUUAUAAACAAGUACUGGAGGAAAUUAGAUCGUUCAAUAGUUCCCUUUGCCUUAAAAUGAAUUUCGGUGUGCCACUGUCACAAUUAGGGACACCUCAUCUUAUUAGAUAUCAUAUACUGAUGCCACACAAUACUAUGCCACAAGAACGUCGUACUCCUCCUCACGCGGGCGGAAUGCAUCCUGCGCUGAGAGAAAGGGGAAGAGCCAUACCAUCUUCUCAUAUUAUACCAAAGAUAGGGUCUGACCACCCUAUGCCAAAAAUGAGGCCACCCCUUGGCGGUCCUGGUCACGUUGUUUCAGCACCCAAAGGAAGCAGUACUAUGGGCAUUAUAAUGCCAUUAUAUACAAUAGGAAUUAUUUUGUUUUUCGUAUAUACUAUUAUUAAGGUUCUUAAGAAGAAUACCGAGAGCGAGAUUAUUUCGGAAUAUCCAGGAGCAGCAGCUGAAAAGGAAUUUCGGAGGAAGGUAUUCAGUCCAGAAACUUUUGCUACUGCAAUGACUGGAGGUACCCCGUAUUAUCUAAAAGAAAAGUCACCGCACAAGAUUACUCCGACUAUUGAGGAAUUAAACGAUCAAGCAGCAGGAGACAUAGAGAUAGAUCAACUGAGACAACGAUUGGUCGAGACGGAAGCAGCCAUGGAAAGAAUUGUUGUCCAGAUGGGCAACAUAUCACGUUCAGUAAAGCAUAACGCGAGCUCUCAGCCAGAAAUCAAGGAGGACACUGCAGACCAGGAAUCACAUAGUAAGGAAGAUGAAGAAUUAGAUGUAGCAGAACAACCUCCAACCGUUAAAGUUAUGGGUAUGGAAAUGACAGCUAGUUGUGAAAGUGGACAAAAAUGUAGCAGACCCACCACUCCAAUUAUUCCUGCACCAAGUAUCAUUGAAAGAGAAAAAACGCCACCAACACCAAUAUAUUUAGAGGGUGCACUUCCAUCGCAAUGUGAAUUACUAGUAACCGAUUCAGAAACUCAAGCUGAAAAGUCAGAGGACGAUGACGACGCAAUUGUUCUCUCAGGCAAAAUGACUCUCUCUCUCAUCAGUCUCGACCAGAUUCCAGCUGUUACUUAAUAUAGAGAUCACAAAUCACAGGAACUAAAUGCAGAACUAAGUGCAAAGAAUGGUUUCUUGGCUAUUACAUAUAUGGGAUUCGGAUGCUGAAAAUCCAGAUAAUAAGAGAAAAAGGGUUUUGGAUACCCAAAUGGAAAUUAGAGAUGUAAA